AUGCAUUUCAGCGAUGAGGUAGUUCAACGACAAGGCAACCUUCCGGUCGCCGCCGCCAUCGAGGAGAACGCCUCUGCCGAGAACCGACGAUGCCAACUCCGGGACACAGUCAGGCCGACGGCCCUGGCUGUCCUCGGUCGCGCACACCGCCAACAUCGGGACUGGUUCGACAAAAAUAACGCCUCCAUCACCAACGUACUCGCAGGGGAGAACCGACUGCACAAAGCCUACGCCAUUCGUCCUACCGAUGACAACAAAGCAGCCCUCUGCCGUAGUCGUCGCCUUGUGCAACAACGGCUGCGAGCGAUGCAGGAGACCUGA